AUGGAGGCUGCCAUCAUCUACCCAGUCAACUUGCACCUGCAGGCUGCCUACACCUAUCUCCCUGUGGGUUACUAUUUUGACAGGAAUGGUGUGGCUCUGGACAGUGUGGGCCACUUCUACAAACUGCCCGAAUUGGUCAAGGAGAUUCUCCAGGGCUCAAAGCGAGCUCCUCAAGUUUCAAAAUCAAAGCAGCCUCUCCUGUGCUCUUCCAGGAUAUAUGGAAGCCUUCUCCAAGAGAACCACUUCCUGGAUGACGAGGUGAAGUUCAUCAAGAAGAUGGGGGACCACAUGGCCAACUUCUGCAAACUGGUGGGGCCACAGCCAUUGCAGACUCACCUGCCACCACCACCGCUGGAUGAGUAUCUGUUCCAGGGAUGA